CUACACCAGAUACAACCACUGCUACUACAACAGAUACAACCACUGCCACUACAACAGAUACAACCACUGCUGCUACAACAGAUACAACCACUGCUACUACAACAGAUACAACCACUGCCACUACAACAGAUACAACCACGGCUACUACAACAGAUACUACCACUGCCACUACAACAGAUACAACCACUGCCACUACAACAGAUACAACCACUGCUACUACAACAGAUACAACCACUGCUACUACAACAGAUACAACCACUGCCACUACAACAGAUACAACCACUGCUACUACAACAGAUACAACCACUGCUACUACAACAGAUACAACCACUGCCACAACAACAGAUACAACCACAGCAACUACAACAGACACAACCACUGCCACAACAACAGAUACAACCACGGCUACUACGACAGAUACAACCACUGCCACUACAACAGAUACAACCACUGCCACUACAACAGAUACAACCACUGCCACUACAGCAGAUACAACCACUGCCACUACAACCGGCACAACUACUGCUGCUACUACAAAUGCACCUACAACAGUGGGUGCAUAACAGGUGUGGUUGUUGUGAAGCAUUAAGAUAAGUUGACAUUGCUACACCAACUACAGCUACUGGCUUAACAACUUUAUGGCUGGUCCUCGUGCAAUGGAUUCAACAUCCAAUUUUACCACAACUGAUUAUAAUAUAACAACCACAUCGUCAAUUGAUUUUACUACAAUUGAUCGACUAACCUGAUUUCAUUCAAGCUUAUUCCAAUGCAAAUGACUUUACUGCGAAUUAUUUCACUAUUUAUAAACGAACAUACAAUUAGCUUCCAUUCAUUCCAGUGAUCAAACUGCAACUGGUUAUAAAAUUCAUUUCAAUGUAAAUCGGGUACAGCUUAUUCCAAUUCCCGGUGGCUGAUUCUACUAAAACCGAUUCCGCAACACAUGAAUCACCUAGGGCUUAUUAAGUUGUAAGUUAUUCUAAUACAGUUGUUUCCCAUACAACUGACAGCUAACAGCUUCCGCAACAACUGACUUCACUAAAGGUAACUCCCCCAGCAACUUAUUCUAUCACAAGUAAAUUAACUUCUGUUUGAAUCAAUCAUUCCACUACAACUGAUUAAACUAUUCCAACGUAUUUCAUAGUUAUUCCACCAUAACUGAAUAUAAAACCGCUGAUUCUUCUACUAAUAAGUGUACUCCAAUUGACUCUAGAAGAACUGGUUCUAUCGUAAGUGAUUCAACUGCAGUGGAGCAGAUAAUAGGAAGAGUCGUUCAAAUUGUGAUAAAAAUUUGGUAAAUAUACUCCUCAAAUCCCAAUUUUGUUUUCCUGUAUACUCGAAAUGCACUGAUUUAUGCCCUUCAAAUCUACUAAAGUCAUAUAUAAAGUUGGAUAUUGCAGAUAUUUUUACACAGUGUAUGUCUGUAUCUAUUAUGGUUCUUGAGACGGCACAUAGGUACUUUCACAGAUUUAAAAAAUAUCUGCCGCGUCAACAGCUAAGGUCAUUAGCGUACUUUAACAGACUCAGGAGAGCAAAAAAAAUGUAGCAUUGAUUGUUAAGGGAUUUUUCUUUUUCAGUAGGGCUAUAACAUAAAAUUCUAAAACAAAGAUGGCGUCGAAGAAUGAAUGAAUACAAUACAGAAUUUAGACGAUAAAAGCUUACAGAUGCAGUGGAGUGAAUGUUAGCACACAACCAGUGAUACUCUCACUUGGAAGUUGACAGCUGCAUCUUUGUGCAUGCCAAAUAUGCUACUGAUAUAUGGUACCCAAUCCAUCAUGAUCAAGGAUAAAGUAUCUUCGCCGCUCUUCAAGAGUCUGGGCUACAGCAGACGUGAGUUGCAUAAGUCAUAGCCUGUGCUGGAUCAGUGUGCAUGACCUACUGUACUAAAUUGGUCAGCAAGUCAAAUUAAUCCUAUUCUUUCAUUUCUUCUGGUGAAGCUUGUCUUCCUAAUAUACGACAGAUCCAGCAUAGCUGCUACAGUGGAUUAGGCUUGGCUUGUCAUAUUUAUGAGAAAGCAGAGGCCUUAUGGCUCAAUCCCACCCACCAGAGCAGCUUUUCUCCAACACAAUAGGCGUGCUGCCUACCAGGCUAGAUGUUGUGUGUAGGACCAUGUAAUUCAGUGUCAGCAAGAAGUAGAGGAUCCUACAGACUGGCGAUGGCAGAUGGUAGGUGAGGAAUGACAGCAGGUCUUCUCCAAUGGUCAAGACUUGCCAACAGCUCACCAAAUGUGGGUAUAAAUCUGGCAGUCGUGGCAGGUGCAAGUGCUAAAAACUGGGUCUUACGUGCAUUUGCAAAUUUGAGGUGUAACUCAACACUCCUAUAGUCUUAUUUUUGGGAAUUAACUGUUUUAUAACUGUAUUAUAUGUAUCAUCAAUAAGUAGGAUCACAAUGAGUAUGUAGAGUAUAAGAUUGGAUCAAACUUCCUUGCUAUAUAAUAUUAGAGAAGCAGAAAAUCAAUAUUAUUCAAAUCAUGACCAAUAAACCCUUUUUUAUCAUACAGAGGUACGUACAUGCUGUAUCUCAAGAACUAUCAUAUCUACAGACAUGCUUUUGUUACCAAAAUGUCCACAAUAGCCAUGUUUAUAUACGACUGCAAUAAAUCAAUAUUUUCAAAGUUAUGGCUCAGUAACCUUUUUUUUUUUUUUUUUUUUUUUUUUUUUUUUUUUUUUUUUUUUUUUACCCGCUAAUGACCUUAGCUGUUGACGCGGCAGAUAAUUUUAAAUAAGCAAUCAAUCAUUGUUUGCCCUCCUGGGUCUGUAAAAGUAUUUAAAUGCUGUAUCUCAAGAACCGUAAUAGGUACCCACAAGCACUUGGUACCAAAAUAUCUGCAAAGCCUAACUUUAUAUUCAACUUUACUACAUUUAUGUGGUUUAAAAAUGAUAAAUUUUAAGUUAAAAAGAAAAAAAAAAAAAUUGCCUGAACUGGGGUAGACAUCUUGGGUUUUGGGACCGCCAUCUUGAAAUUUUGUGCGGCCAGCCGUGUUUUUGAAAAGGAUGGGAUUUCAAGAGUACAUGCACCUAUUUUCAUGAUUGUAUCACCAUUAGAGCAAUUCUUUCAUUUAUCUGCUCCAUUGUGCAGUUUCCACUAAUACGGAUUUCACUAUAACCUAAUCUAAUAUAAUUUAUUCCAUUGCAACACUGAAUGUAUUUCACUACAACUCAUUUUCUUACAAACGAUGCCUAAACUUAGUUAUUGUUACUACUUCAGCCUAUAUAGAUUAGUAGGAUAUAACUUCCCUUAUUAUAUUCUCUAAUAAAAAUAAGUCUGCAUAAUAAUUACAGAAAUGUAAACAAGUAGCGAUGAUGUUAGAAUGUAUGGAUAAUUUCUAUAUUACAAUUUUAUUUGAAAAUAUGAAUAUAAACCACGAGGAGUUGAGUAUCAUGAAUACUUUAUAAGAAAUUAUAACAUGAUACAAUAAAUUACUUAUUAGAAAGAAAUACUAUUCAAGAUGUAUUAGCUGCAUUGAACAUAUUUCAAUUUGAAAUUAUUAAAUUUGGUAAGUGUUAUACCCAAAGAAAAUACA